CUUAAAUAUUAACGUUCAACGUCAACACCUCUAUACACUACAUCAUAAUUAAUCCCACUUUGUAAGUGACGGACUUAAUCACAUUUCUGCCAUUUGUAAACCUACGCUGGUUGACAUAACGGUAAGUGAAAUGGGACAGACCGUGGGCUACCUGACUAAUGUCCAGACGCUCUUGCUCUCCUCGCCCCUCCCCGAUCCUUGACAGUUGGGCUCCCGCUUCUGCGCAACUCAUCGCAGCGUUCUGCUUGCUUGACUGGAGUACACUACGGCGAUACUAUCAGUCUAAACGGAAUGUCGGAGUACGGUGCUGUUCCGCCACCGGGAAUUGGAGCUCCUGUUGGCGGACAGGCUUCGAUUGGAAAUGGUGGAGGAAUCAAGAAAGAUGCAUUUGCAGAUGCAGUGCAGCGGGCCCGGCAGAUAGCUGCAAAGAUUGGGGGCGACGCGGGAGGGCCACCCAUGAUCAGCCCCAGCUCGGGAGACGCAGGCUUCCCUUUCCCCGUGACGCAAAAGCGACAACUGGAGGAUGCCGACCAGCCAGAGAGCAAGAAAAUGGCAUCCCAGAGUGACAGAGAUCCAGCAACAGCUCUCGCCAUUGGAGCCCAAUUGGCAGCUCUUGCCCAGCAAAGGCCAGCCACCGCCACAGAAGAGUACAGUGUACCUGACAGCAUGGUGGGACUCAUCAUUGGACGCGGCGGAGAGCAGAUCAAUAAGAUCCAGCAGGACUCUGGGUGCAAGGUCCAGAUAGCCGCAGACAGCGGAGGUCAGCCCGAGCGGAGUGUGUCCCUCACAGGGUCCCCAGACUCUAUACAGAAAGCCAAGAUGCUGCUGGAUGAGAUAGUGUCACGGGGGAGGGGCACUCCCCCCUCCUCCUUCCAUGAUUCCACCAAUGGCCAGAACGGCUCAGUGCAGGAGAUGAUGAUCCCUGCCGGCAAAGCUGGACUCAUCAUCGGCAAGAGAGGAGAGACCAUUAAACAGCUGCAGGAGCAAGCAGGAGUGAAAAUGAUCCUCAUUCAGGACAGCUCUCAGGGACCCAACGUUGACAAGCCUCUGCGCAUUAUUGGGGAGCCGUACAAAGUCCAGCAAGCCAAGGAGCUGGUCAUGGAGAUCCUUAGAGAAAGGGACCAGCCUGGCUUCGGAGAGCGAAACGACUACGGCUCUCGCAUGGGAGGCGGAGGCAUAGAUAUUCCAGUCCCUCGCCACUCCGUCGGUGUCGUGAUCGGCCGCAACGGCGAGAUGAUCAAGAAGAUCCAGAACGAUGCCGGUGUCAGAAUACAGUUCAAACCAGAUGAUGGUGCGGGCUUGGACAAGGUUGCCCACAUCAUGGGCCCGCCAGAAUGCUGUGACCAUGCUGCCAGCAUCAUCAACGACCUGGUGCAGAGCGUCCGCGUGCGAGACGAAGGUCACGGGGGCCCCCCUGGACCUCCAGGCAUGCCCCCCAGUGGGAGUGGCAGAGAUCGGGGUCCGGGUGGCUGGGGCGGGCCUACAGGCGGGGAGAUGGCCUUCUCCGUCCCUGCGCACAAGUGUGGCCUGGUGAUCGGGCGCGGCGGUGAGAACGUGAAGGCCAUCAACCAGCAGACUGGUGCCUUCGUGGAGAUCUCCAACCAGCCUCCGCCCAACGGAGACCCCAACUUCAAGCUGUUCAUCAUCCGGGGCUCACCCCAGCAGAUCGACCACGCCAAGCAGCUCAUCGAGGACAAGAUCGAGGGUCCUCUGUGUCCUGUUGGCCCCGGGCCCUCUGGUCCUAUGGGCCCCUACAACCCCAAUCCCUACAACCCUGGCGCUCCUGGCCCCCCCAGUGGUCCACCAACUCCAUACCACUUCCCUUCCCAAGGUUGGAACAGUGGCUACCAGCAGUGGCAGGUUCCCACACCCCAUGAUCCCAAUAAAGGGGCAGCAGGUGACCCCAGUGCGGCCUGGGCGGCCUACUACUCGCAGUACUACCAGCAGCCACCAGGGGGCGUGCCUGCCCAGCCCCCUGCCAACCCCUCGACUGGUCCAGCCCCGGCUCCAUCAGAGCAGCCCCAGCCGCAGGUGAACCAGGUGCCCAGCGGCCAUGCUGACUACACGAAAGCCUGGGAGGACUACUACAAGAAGAUGGCACAAGCUGGAGGUCCAGCUCAGCAGACAUCAGCCCCAGGUGCAGGUGGUGGGAGUCAGACGGACUACAGCGCUGCCUGGGCUGAGUACUACAGGCAGCAGGCUGCCUACUGCGGCCAACCCACAGGACAGACGCCCAGCCAGCCAGCCGGCCCACAGCAGGACCAGCAGGCUCAGUGAAGCAGCCAGCCGGAGUGAGAAGGCAGGAGUGAGGCGACUUCUCCUGUACCUUGCCCUGCCGUGGACGUCUGAUGGCUGUCUCAGUUAUUUCCUGUUGUGUUUUUGAUUUGUUUUGCUUUGGUGUUCUCAGGGGAAGGUGUUCCGUGUGGGGACCUUCCUGCAAACCAACUUACCUUUUUCUUUUUUAAUAAAAACUGUUUAAAAGGAA